CCCACCCCUCCCCCGGCCGGCCGCUCCCUCCCUCCGCCGAGACGGAGCGGGUAAUGGGCGGUCCCGGCCCGUAGCCCCCGGCUGCGGCUGCUCCUCCUCCCGGUCGCAGCGUCUCGGCGGCCUCCGCCCGAUGCUGGCGGAGCUCGGGGUCUCGGCGGCGGCGUUGUGAGCGCUCCGGCCGGGCCGCCGCCGCCAUGUCCGGCGUGGUGCGUACCCUGAGCCGCUGCCUGCUGCCGGCCGAGGCCGCGGGCCGCGCCGGGGAGCAGCCGCGGAGGGACGGCAAGGAGCGGAGCCGCGAUGCGGAGCGGGAGGCGCGGCGGCGCAGCCGGGAGAUCGACGCGAUGCUGGCCCGGGAGCGGCGCGCCGUGCGCCGCCUCGUCAAGAUCCUGCUGCUGGGCGCCGGCGAGAGCGGCAAGUCCACCUUCCUCAAGCAGAUGCGGAUCAUCCACGGCCGCGAGUUCGACCAGAAAGCGCUGCUGGAGUUCCGGGCCACCAUCUACGAGAACAUCCUCAAGGGCUGCAGGGUUCUGGUUGAUGCACGGGACAAACUGGGGAUCCCUUGGCAGUACACAGAGAAUGAGAAGCACGGAAUGUUUCUGAUGGCCUUUGAAAACAAAGCUGGAAUGCCCAUCGAGCCUGCCACCUUCCAGCUCUAUGUCCCUGCCCUGGGUGCGCUCUGGAGGGAUUCGGGAAUCAAGGAAGCCUUCAGCCGUCGGAGCGAGUAUCAGCUGGGUGAAUCGGUGAAAUACUUCCUGGAUAACCUGGAUCGGAUCGGUCAGCUGAAUUAUUUUCCCAGCAAACAAGAUAUUUUGCUGGCCAGAAAAGCCACGAAGGGGAUAGUAGAGCAUGAUUUCAUCAUUAAAAAAAUUCCUUUCAAGAUGGUGGAUGUAGGGGGACAGAGAUCUCAGCGUCAAAAAUGGUUCCAGUGCUUUGAUGGAAUAACUUCAAUUUUGUUCAUGGUCUCCUCCAGUGAAUACGACCAGGUCCUCAUGGAAGACAGGCGCACAAACAGACUCGUGGAGUCCAUGAAUAUCUUUGAGACAAUAGUCAAUAACAAGCUUUUCUUUAACGUUUCCAUUAUCCUAUUCCUCAACAAGAUGGAUCUUCUCAUCGAGAAGGUAAAGACUGUCAGCAUUAAGAAGUAUUUCUCGGACUUCAAGGGCGACCCUCACCGGCUGGAGGACGUGCAGCGUUACUUGGUGCAGUGCUUCGACAGGAAGCGGCGGAACCGCAGCAAGCCCCUCUUCCACCACUUCACCACGGCCAUCGACACGGAGAACAUCCGCUUUGUGUUCCACGCCGUCAAGGACACCAUCCUGCAGGAGAACCUCAAGGAUAUCAUGCUGCAGUGAAGGAGAGCAGCCCCUGCUCUGUUGAAAUUUCGCUGGAGGGUUCGAUCAAAGUUUUUAUCCUUUCUUUCUGGCCCUUGCAUGCGGUGUAGGACCCAUGCGAAUUCCUUGGCUCAGGAAUGCUGUACACUAGCCAGUCCAAACAGAGGAGCUAUAGGCCGGAGGAGUCAUGUUGAUGUUAGCUACUGAAUCAUUUGGACUAGAAACACUACUGAAACCUGGCCAUGGUAGGUUCUGUACCGAGUUUGGAACGCUGAAUGACAUAACCACCGUCUGCCUUCUUUGAGAACAGAAAUCUCUGACAAACCAUGGAUGGAAGACACGUUUCAAAUGAAUGCGCUCAUUUUUCAGAAACUCUAGUUGUACAAACUGCCUUUUUUUUGUAGUUUGGAGGUGCUGAUUCGAUCAAACUAAUCUAAACAUGAUGAGAUUGGCAGCUGUGUUGGAGAAUGUUAAUGGAAGUUCCAUUCUUAACCCUUAGGAAUAUAACCAGGUCUUGUGUGUGUGUUCAGCUUUGCUGAGGGUCUAGAAUCCACCUUCCAAGGUGGAUGCACAGCUCUUGUCUGAAGGCUUUGCAUGAGUCUCCUGAGGCAGAAGUCUAAAACUGUGUAAGGAAACUCAUGUUGGAGUAAAUGGGAUGGGGAGUUAAGGCCUUGCUGAUACGAAGAAGGGUUUAUUUUGCACUAUGUAUGGAGGGUGUUACAUCGUGGGAAAGCUGAUUUCCUUGGUGCAGCAGCCUGUGCUGGAGCACCCAGCCAUGUAUCUGCACAGUGUGUGCUCGAGGGAGAUGUGCUCCAUGGCAAGCCAGCACUGUCCUCACAGCCACAGUGGGCAGAAUUUGUGAAGGUUCAGUGUCUCACAUGACAGGGCUUCGUCUGUACUCAAAAGUUUGAAAGCUGAUUAAACUCUUAAGCAAAGGUUUUGAUAGCACAGCAGCUGCUUGAUUAGUUCCCAACAGCUGACCUUGUAGGAAGACUGAACACCCUGGAGAUCCCAGCUUUCCAGCUGCACUGAUGUAUUUGGACAGCAAGACCUUGCUGUAAAAUUAGGCUUUAAUCUGUGUCUUAAUGGGAUCUUCAGCCUGUAGGGAUGCACAUGGAACCCGGAGCACGGUCAAGUUUGGAGUCGCCCCUUUUGGGCAGUGGUUUGUGUGUAAAAGGGCAAGAGGCUGUGAAUAAUUUGGAUGUGAACUCCGAAUUUCCUUGUGCUCUCAAUCUCUGCCAGGUGCCUUUUCUGCGUACAGACAUUGAAUCUUUUCUACUACAGUGUGGGGUACAUGAACAAACCGAAGAUAUUGUAGUGCUAUCCUUUAGGUAACUCACACAUAGUUUACUGUGCAAUUUUUGUCAUAGUUUUUGUCCAAGAAUAAAACCUGAAGGGCUGUUUGUACCCAUAAAAAGUCAGCAGAUUCCCUGGAGUUCUUAUCCCCUUUGAGCCUGUAAUGGCAUGUCAAAACAAGCAAAGUUUUACUUCAGCUGGUAGUCCCAUGGGAAAUGUGGUCAAAGAAAAGUCCUGUUCCGUCGUCCUUUCAUGUUAAUUUGGAUAAAAUCUGGAAUCUUUCUUCCCCUCUGAAGCUUGCAGAUGUUCAUAUCAGUAUUUUUGUGUAGUUUCCUGAUGCAGCAGCCUCCUGGCUUUCUUUGUGCAGGCUUCAGAGUGGAAAAGCUGUGGCUGUUUCCAUGCCUGUAACAGGCACAGAAUCGAGGUAAGAAGCAGCUGAGAAGUUGCAGAUGGGAAAAUCUAACUUAAAUUUCAGCAAACUUAAACAGGAAUUAGCUUCCUUGUAACAAGUCUUAUUUUGCCAGGACCAACUCUGUCUUUUAAAUAUUUAUUAAUUUUUAACCUUGAAGGUGAAGAGUGUUAUGUGACUAAUAUUCAGAUGGGGGGAAAAUCUCAAGAUUAUUACAUUUGAAAAGGAAAAUGUUUCACCCUGGCGUGAUGCAAACAAGUUUACUCAUCACAUUAAGGUUGGUUUCUCUAAGCCCAUUUGUCUGGCUGAAGUCUAAGGCUGCUUUCAAAGCUUUCAGAUGUUUUCUGAGUUCUUGGCAGUGGUUUUCACUUCACACAAGACACUGGGAAAGAGGAGGCAGUUGUGGGCUCACCUGGCUUCUAGGUUGACUUCACUUUAGUUUUAGUUUGCCGUGAGCUUUAUUCUUUCACUGAAUUUUCCAGAUGGGUUAAUAUAAUGCUUGUUUUCUCAAAUUAGUUAAACAUUCCCUUUCAACUGUAUUUUUUCUAGAGAAUUACCUCAGUUUGGUGUCUGAAUCUACUGUAGUUUUACCUGGAGGCAUAGCAUGGAAUUUCCUGUUCUCUUUUUCUCUUGAUACUCAUCCAUGAUUUUGUAUCCUUAGUCACCUUAUGGAUUUAAAACUCUCAACAGAGCUAAUGAUGCAACUUAAAAUAUAAGUAACUUAAAAUCUGCACCUGGAAAUGAAACAGCAUGAGAGAUCUCACACUGAGCUCUCAAGCUGCUUUUUUUUUGUAUAUGGCAGUUUUGCACACUAAGUCUUAGGGAACCAGUUUGUUCACCUUGGGCCCGUUCUUGCCUUUCUUGUUUUCAUUGAUGAAAUGGGCCUAAGUGUGGGGCUGCAGCCUGCAGAUGAAAAUCAGUGGUUUGGCUCUGUGGGCCCAGAGUUCUGUCAGGUUUGGAUAAUGAUGGAUCAAACCAGGAACCCCACGUCAGGAAACUCCUUGCAAAAGUCAAGCACUUCCCAAGUUUGCAAAUGAGCUGGCCUGUGAGUAAAAAGGAUGUGGGGGUCUUUUUGAAGUGUCAGCUUUCUCUGCAAAAUACGCUCCUCUUCUUGCCACAGCUGCGUGGGUUUGGGUUUUUUUUUUCAAGGUGAGUUGUAGUAUAAUAAAGCCAGAAAGUCAUGUUGUGGUAAAUCAGUGAAUUACUAAAGCAGAGCUUAGGUAGAUGAGGUUGUUCACAUAUUUCGGGACAGGCCUGGUUGGUUGCUUAGUCCUUUCACCAGAAACAAAUAGAAAACUUUAUUUUAAGUGACAUCCUGGAGAACUUAGCAGGUAAACACAGCUGGAGAGAACAUCUUUUUUUGUUAGCUUUAUAGGUUUAUUGUUCAUUUGGCUGGUCAGGAAAUGGGUCACAGGCAGGAUGAUCAUCAGAUGGAGACCUUGAACAAGUACCUUUUUUUUUUUCUUUUUCUUUUUUUUUUUUCUAUUUUUUUUUUUUUUUUUUUUUUAAGAAAAAAGCAGCUUUUUGCUGUCCCUGCUCUGACAGCCGGGGCCAGUGACAGACUGUUGCAAAGGGGUUGUCUCUCCCGAGGACAAAGAGAGGAAGCUCUUGCAGCCAGUGCUUGGGGCAGAGACUGACGUAAUCUUGGAGUUUAAGUAGAAAAAUUAAAUGGGAGUCAUUUAUCCAACACUACUUUGUGUUUGUUGUCCUCAAAAACAAGUGUUAAGCUAAUUGAGUGUGUCAGUCAGUACCAUUCCUGCAGCUUGCAGUGCUGUCAAUCUCUGAACAAUCCUUAGAUGCAUUGCAAGGUGCCUCGGUGAAGUUAAAAAGGAAGAGUGGUUUUCUGGAAGUGACAUAUUCAAUAGGCACUUGUCACUUUGAAGGAAUUAAAUAGUUCUUAAUGUUGAAAAUUAAUUAAUGGUGGUUAUGGAAUUGAAAUUACUGCCUGCUCAAUUUUACAACUCAAAGAUGCUUUCAGUUUCAUGCAAAGAAUGGAUCUUAUUUUAUUUAAUACAGCAGCAUAGAUUAUUUGACUUAUUAACUUGCUAAUGUAUUUAAAUUUUUUAAUUGCUGCUCUGUAAAACCUAAAACUAGGCAUGUUACAAGAAUGAAGAAGCUCCUGAAGAUGACCAUCCCCAGGCCUUCUGAGGCAGGUAAAGCUGCACUGCAGCCAAGCAGGCAGAAAAAGUAAUGGCAAAGAAACUAUAGGGAAACGGAGUAGGAAGAGUUUGUUGGUACUGGCACUGGAGACAAAAAUAUAAUUCCCUUAGGACAGCUGAAGUGGCAUUUGGUGUGAAAAAUGGUGCAUUUGGAGUGUUUCCCAUCCUGUCCGUGUGUUGCCCCCACAUCCCCAUGGCCUCAUUCCCUCUGGGAAUUCACCCAUCCUGGUUACUGUGAUCUGCAAAGAAACGUAGAAUUAAAGCAGUUAAAAGAACAGACAUGGUACCACUGAAGAAACCUGCAGCCGCCUUUAGUGACAGACAGCUACCUUCCACAGAACAGCAUUCUAGAAAACAAGUCCUCUGCUGCCUUUAGAUGGCUGCCUUUGUAUUAACUAUGUUUUAACUUAUAUUAACUUAUGUUUUGGAGUCUUUUCUAUGUGUGUACUUCUUUAUUUCUGGGGGAGGAAAAAAUCCUUCUGUGCUUGGACCUACAGGAUUUCUCUGAAAGGCCCCUCUGAUUUUCAAGUUUUGACACCUGACUUAGCUUGGCUUCUGUCAUCAAAUUUUCAGGAGUACGUGCUGGAUUAAUGGAUGAUUUGAUGUGUGCCAGCUUGAGAGACAAACACGAUAUGCAGCAACACCUCCACACAGUGCAGUUUGUCAUGUAAACCAAACACUGAUCUUACGAUGAGAACUGUAAGUUUAGUAGCAGCCUCUUUUCUAUAUUCUCUUUCUAGUAUAAAAUCACGUGGUGUAGUCAGGGGUUUAAUAUAGCACUGCCAACUCUUUACCUCAUACUCUUUAAUUCUGUAACACGAAGUGGUGGGUGGGGUGUUUCAUUAGCAACUAUAAAACAUCUGUGCCUACUUCUGUAAAUGAGCUUUUAACAGUUUUUUAGGGAGCAUCCAUUAUGGAUCAGGAAGACUGGCAUGGUCUGGGCCAGACUUGGCCUGAGUUAAUGCUGACUCCACACAGUUCUACGUGAGGACUGUAGCCUAGUGAGGAAUAAUUGGUAAUGCAAGACCUAGUGCUUUUUAAUAAUACCUGUUUUGUAAUUAGCUGGGGUGAUCUCUGCUUUGUGCUGUGACGUGGGCACUUCUUUGUUUUAACACUAAUCUUUUUUUACAUAGAUGGAAAUGGGUAAAGCCAGGAGAUUUGGAGCUGAAACUGCCUAUCUGCUAACCAGGUGAUGCUGCUUCUUUGCUCAUCUUGGUGGUUGGGCAGUUUAGUUCGAUCCUUGACGUUUUUAUCUUUCUAAUGGCAUUUGGAAAGCAGUGUUGAAGUUUGUCUGUGUGUUGAUAUGCUUGUGUUCUUACUGGGUGGAGAGUGUGGAGGUACUAGAUUGUCAGUGCUGGUGGUUCUGUGCCUGGCUGGAGGAGCUGUCACAGCACAGCUCUUGGCCUGUGACUGAAGGUCUGGUGUGAAAAUAGUCAGAGGGGGGAAAAAAGAGCAGCACUGACUUCCAAGGUGGGCAUUCUGGUAAAAAAAAAAAGCCAAAGUAUGUUGGAGGGGAGCAGGAGAGGGGAGCUAGUUUCUAAACAGAUCCCAAAAGCUGAUGGUGCUUGAAGACUGUAUUGAGGUGAAAUGCCAUCUGCACUGACCCAAAAGCUUUGAGUGACUCCAGAGAGCCAUUGGCUGUGAAUUAAGAGCAGCAGGCUGGCAAGGCUGGCCCUGCCAUUGUAAAUCUCUCUUCAUCUGUUCAUCACUGGGUGCUGAAACUCUAUUUUGACUAAAAUACAGUAUGCAGAUCUCUGGCCAGACAGUGCAUCUUACUCCUUCCUGACAGCUACUUAAACUUUCUUCAAGAUACCAGAGCAUGAGAAGGUAAGAGGCUGUUUCUGUUGUUUGAAUAAAAACUACAACUGAUGGAGAGCAACAUUUUUAGGACCUCAGAGAGCAUCUUUUGAGGGAAGUGACAGGUUUUGAGUAGCACAAUUUCUCUGCUAUUACUUCCCGUCAAUCUCUCGUGCAGGCGGUUGGGCACAAAGGCUGAGAGGAGAUAGCAGGGAGCAGGGGGAUGUGGGGGAGAAAGGAUCUGUUGGGCGAUCACGAGACUGGGGAAGGUGGUUGGGGGACAUAGGUUUGGAGAGGUGUGUUCAAACUCCUGUUUGCGCUGAAGCCAUUAACCCUCUGUAGGACAGGGAGUGUUCCUCCAGGCUGUGUUGUCUGGAAUGUGGAAUGGGCUUGAAUUGAUGAUACACAUGAAAAAGUAUUUCUGGAGACUCCACUGAACAGCAGUGCUGGUGUUUCUUGCUCUAGUGAGGAGUUGUCUUGUUUGUGAAUCAAAAUGUAUGAAAGCAAACUGACAGAACACCAGGUUGGUUAUCCGUGACAUGACCACGUAGCUUAGGAAGCCAAGUGAUGUUAUAUCUUUUAUUCUGCAAUGUACUUGCUCUCUGGUGCCUAUGCAUUAACACACAUACUAUGCAAUAUCAGUCUUUUUUUAAACCAGUUCACUACAUUGGGCAAGAAAGGCCUGAGUUUAGCCUUAAUUUUCUUAACAAUUCACAGGAAAGUACUCUAAAAACAAUGACAAACUAAAAGAAGGUGGAAAAUGCAUAAAGUAAAAGCACAGUCCCAGACUGCUCACAUAAGUGUCUUUCUAGCACCAAAACAGCAUCCGUGAUAGAAGCAGCUACUUGCUGUAAUAGUUUCAACUUACGAAAACUGUGUACUAGAUAAAAUUAUAUUGUGAUGUGUAAAAAGUGUAUUUUAUAGCUUUGGUGACUUAGUUUACUGUUUUGUAUAUAUGAAUUUUAUAAAUCUAUUAAAACUUGACUUGUUAUACUGUU